UGCUGUAGUCGGCAAUCUUUCCUUUUGGUGUAGAGUGGGACAGGGAGGGGGUGAUGCUACUGUAGUCGAACGGUGGGACGGACGUGCAGUUCAGUUUUUGGGCACGCAUACGGUGCUGCAGGGAUUUUUAGGUGUACCUCUUCGGGCUCUUGGAUACCUUUUUCUCGUUACACGUGUGCGUGUUCUUUAGAUCCUCAGAUGGCUCUAGCACUUUCGUGACCACGGGCUGAGAGUCUUUUGCUAGAUUUUGGCAUUUUGCAACUGACAACGGUUUAAUGUGAAGACAACAACAACAACAACUCCAUCAUGGCUGAUGACAAUAGGGCUGCCCUUUCCCCGUCGACUCGCGAGAGGCAGCGGCAACAGGACACUGAUUCGAGAGCGGCGGCGCGUGGUGCCCUCAGCCCCGACAUCCUCGAGAGGCGGCGGCAAGCCGACACGGAUGCAAGGGCCGAUGCGCGGAGGCAGACGACGCCUGUUCUUGAUCGCAUCAGGCGAAGUGGACAAGCCUUCAACAGACGACUACGGCGCGCUGGCGCUGGUCGCGGGGGCCUGAGGUUUGGGGGUGGGGCAGAGGGGAGCGGCGGUGGCGGCGGCGCACGAGGAGGGGAAGGGGAAGGGGCGAGAAACAACGGGCAAGGUCCUCUGUAUNUGGCGGCGCGUGGCGCCCUCAGCCCCGACACCCGCGAGAGGCAGCGGCAAGCCGACACGGAUGCAAGGGCCGAUGCGCGGAGGCAGACGACGCCAGUUCUUGAUCGCAUCAGGCGAAGUGGACAAGCCUUCAACAGACGACUACGGCGCGCUGGCGCUGGUCGCGGGGGCCUGAGGUUUGGGGGUGGGGCAGAGGGGGGCGGCGGCGGCGGCGGUGGCGGCGGCGGCGGCGCAGGAGGAGGGGAAGGGGAAGGGGCGAGAAACAACGGGCAAGGUCCUCUGUAUGAUCGUUUCGACAUACGAUCCCCAGAGGUCAGGGCACGCCUUUCGAGGUUUUACGGGGAGUUGCACGGAUACAGGACUAUGUUUCGCAUGACGUGUCACGAGGCCUCGCCUGUCGCCAAACCGCCGUCAAAUGGCAGCACGGAAUACGUCUGCAGCAGGUGUGCGGAUGACCUCCGCCACAUUCGCCGGCAUCCUUCUAUGCCGCGAGUCGCAAAAUUCAGCGUCGAGAACGGCAUGGUGCCGAACCCCGUGCCGGACGAACUUCGAUCGCUCACGAUGUCCGAGGAGAUGAUGAUCUCCAUGGCGUUCCCUGUGUGCAAGGUCAUCAGGCUUGCGGGCGGGGCCCAUGGGGACUUUGCCGUCGCUUCCAAACUCCGACGAGAUGCCCGUCAUCAUCACCCAGGCACCCGACAGCGGAAGCUGGGCGGGUCGGCAAUUCAAGGUCAGCCUCGAGCGGUGCAGCGGGCUCUCAACUACCUCAUGCUGCACAGCCCGCCGUACAUGGAUAUUCGGUCGAGGAUAGACAUGGACCGGGUUCGCCGACAUCUGCAAGACGAGCCGCGGGAGGACGGCGGGGAGAUCGACGUCAUGCGUUUAUUUCACACGGUUACUGAGGAACCGCCAAACCCCGGAGGCGGCGACGGCGAAGAGGAGAAGGAGGGCAACGGGGAGGGCGCUCGCGACUACCGAGGAAUCGAACCCAUGCCAGACCCGCUCGAACACGAGGACGAAGGCGACAACGUGCGUGACCCUGAGGAUGCAUCGGGUCUGGCGGCGCGUCCUCAGCGAGGCCCGGCAGAGUCCUUCAUCCCGAUGCCCGGGGACGGUCGCCAGAGCGAGGCGGAGAUUCUGCGGCAGCAGUUGGAGCACAUGACCAACUACACGGACAACGAGCAAAGCGGGGCGGCGACCAUGCAAUAUCCUGGGCAAGAAGCGCCCUUGCGAGAGGACACGCCUUGGCUGUGGAGCAUGUGCUUUCCGACUCUCUUUCCGGACGGCGUCGGGGAUACAUCCCAGCCACAUCAACGUACACUGACGGACGUCGACAUCGUCACACAUCUCAUGAAGUUUGUUGAUCGGCCGGAGGGAGAGGCGCCUUACUACCGUUUUGCGAGCCACAGAACAUUCCGCUACUGGUCGGUGGACAUGCGGCUCAGAAAGACGGCUCGGUUACAGUGCCGUAUCUUCCUACGGAACAACCCGGCCCUUACCAGUCUUGAUCCCAGUGAGGUUAACGAUGACACCAUUCGGCAGCUCAUGAGCGUCGCGACCCGCUUCCGUCUCUGUCGACGUUCACCACCUACUCCGCCGCNUCCCGGCACGGAUGGCUACUGGAAGAAGUGGGAGGGCAAGCUGGAGGACACCAUAGAUCAGCUUCCGUCUCUGUCGACGUUCACCACCUACUCUGCCGCCGAUCACCACAUGGCCGACCUCUAUCGCCUGAUGCUAAGGGCUGGCCCGGAGCCUGAGGCGGGUGUGGGGGCAGGCGACGUCCGUCCCAUCCAGGAGCGCAACCGCCUGCUCAUUGCCAACCCCCAUAUCGCGGACUGGUGGAUCUGGGAGAGGAUGCAGGUGUUCAAGAAGUACUUCCUGGGAAAGGACAUGGCCAAUGCUAGCUGGCACUGGGACAGGGCCGAGUGGCAGAUCAGGUCCACCCUACACGUGCACGGGUGCAGCUCGUGGGAAUGCGAGGGCGAGGAGCGUGUAACGGAGCUGGCGCGCACGUACCUGCGGGGCCACAUCGGGCGGGUGCGGCCUUCGAGAGACGGUGAGGAUCCCCCCGGCGACGGAGGCGUCAGUGAUGAGGAUAUGUCGCGAGUGAAGGACGGGAUAUCUAGCUUCUUGUGUGGGAUCGGAUUCACUGCUGUCAACCUCGAACCACCGCCUACACCAGCCGAUCCACAAGUUCCGACCAGCGAAGAGGCUCGUGCCCGAGGCAGGGAUGAGCUGGCCAGAGACCUGCGCGCUUUCGAUUGGGACGAUGUCGGGGAAUGCGAAAGGCGGUACAAGAACCUCGUCAACGCGUGCAUGCGUCACAUCCGACACGGAGGGUGCUGCCUUGUGAACGGGCGCUGCCGGUUUGGCUUCCCCAAGCCCCGGCAAGNGGAGCUGGCCAGAGAGGAGCUGGCCAGAGACCUGCGCGCUUUCGAUUGGGACGAUGUCGGGGAAUGCGAAAGGCGGUACAAGAACCUCGUCAACGCGUGCAUGCGUCACACCCGACACGGAGGGUACUGCCUUGUGAACGGGCGCUGCCGGUUUGGCUUCCCCAAGCCCCGGCAAGAGUCGUUGGGCCUGGAGGCACACCCUCUCACUACUCCUCCGACCGACAAUGUCGACGACUGGCAGCUCAUCGCAACGCCACAAAACGCGUUGCCGCGGCGGGAGGGGG